AUGGCCGACGAGGAGAUCCAGAGGCUGCGCCAGCGUUUGAGGGACGAGGAAAGACGCAGACAAGAGGCAGAGCAGGCUCAACACGAAGCAGAGCAGGCUCAACGGGAGCUAGAAGAACAGAUACGCCCCUUAACACUCUUUGAAUACCUUGAUGCCUGCCAUACCUAUCUCUUCGGCGGGCUGGUCCCUGGAAGCGUAAAAAGCUCAACCAAAGGAAGUGCCGACAAUGCUGAAGGCAAAUCCCGUCCCUCUUGCAUCCGUAAAUGGCGUUCAUUCGAUGAUGAGCAAACGGAGAUAUGGGAUCUGCUGCUGGAUAAGCAGAAUGAAGAGUUUAUAUUACAGCUCAAGUUCGACUCCUUGCAUGCAAUGAUGGCAAUGGGGAGGAAGACACGAAAACACAUCCACUCAGAACUCGACCUUCGCUAUUUCCAACGGGAUGCCAUCACAGAGCCUGUAAGGUCAAUCAUUGAGUUCCUUUUUGGGAAUGAGAGACUGCGGCAUGUAUUUGGACUUCAGGGGCGGAUUACCUUUGAAAACCACGGAAAUUCACUUGUCGACGGUGAGGAAGUUGAGCAAGUUGAGGAGGUUAUAGGACGCCCACCAAAGCUCCGGAAAGGAGCUGGAGGGGCUGCAACACCUACCGCUCCCUCGUCUUCUGCCCGGCCUCUAGCAGAUGAGUUCUGCGUUUACAACAAAGGCGAGAAUGUCAAAAACCCUGCCUUGGUUGGUGAACUCAAACCCCCACACAAACUCCAGCUCGCAGUUAUUGAAAGUGGACUACAAGAAAUGGACCUUGACGAGGUAGUCGAGCGUCGUCAUGCCGACACGGAGAAGAUCAAGCAUCGUCGUUUGGUAGCUGCAGUCAUUACCCAAGCCUUCUCCUACAUGAUUAAGUCCGGCGUUGAAUACGGGUAUAUAAGUACGGGUGAAGCAUUUAUUUUCCUUCAUUUCAAACCCGACAAACCAGGGACCGUUUAUUAUCACCUUUCAACUCCCGAAAAAGAUGUGGAGAAAGCAGCUAAAGACGGCAUCAACAGACUACACAAGACAGCCGUUGGGCAGGUGCUUGCGUUUGCGCUUCGAGCAAUACGCAGUACGCCACGGGGUCAAAAUUGGAGAGAUUGGGCCAUAAGUCAGUUGAAGGAGUGGGUGAUCACUGAAGGUGAUUUAUAUUUACCAACCUCGGAAGAAGACGAAAAGCAAGCUGGAAAGCCUCCCACGCCUUACAGGCCAUCGAAAAGCGCUCAGAUGGUUAAUAGGAAUACCCCUGUCCGCACCCGAUCACGCUCCUCGCGAUCGACCUGCAAACCGGCAUCUUCGCAGCAAAACAGCAGUGGGGAAGACGAUAACGAUAACGAAUCUGACGAUGAUUCUCCCACUCGAAGGCCUCCCCGGUCUGCGAAUGUCAUGGUUGUAAUACCUCCACCUCCACCUCCCCCUCCUCCCCCUCCGCCACCUAUCCCAGAUUCAUCCUACAAAGGCCCUGUCUGUAGAGAUGGUGCUCGGCGAUAUUGCACGCAGAAGUGUCUGCUUGGUCUUUUGAAUGGCGGCCUGCUGGACAAGGCAUGUCCGAAUGCCAAAGAACACGGAACAAAGGUCCAUCAAAUUGACCAUCCUACGUUCAUCUCUCUCCUUCUAGCACAGAUACUACAAACAACAGUACCCCGCUGGAGUCAACCUCUAGGCUGCGAAUCGCUUUCUAGACACGGUUCUCGUGGUGCACUGUUCGAGGUUAUUCUUUUCAAGUACGGCUACACGCUUAUAGGCAAAGGCUUCCCUAUAGGGUUUAGCAAAUACCUCAGAAAUGAAAAGGAACUCUAUGACCAGUUGCGGCCGAUUCAAGGCGUGCAUGUCCCUGUUUGUCUCGGCACGAUCGAUGUGUCUGAGCGGCCCAUGCAGUAUGAUGGAAUCGCAGAAAUACCAUACUUUUUACUUCUCGCGCAUGCAGGCACGCAAAUCACAAAAUGUGGUGUUGCAAAGGAUCAGAUCGUAUCUGCAGCCUCAGAAUCAUUGCGGGCCAUCCAUGCACUAGGUGUUCUCCAUCACGAUGCGGAGCCAAGAAAUAUGUUCUGGAGCGAGGAAGGUGAGAAUGUGCUGGUAAUUGAUUUCGAAAGAGCAGAGAUUCUUCGCACCAACCGAGCGCCGCUUGGAAGCAUGUCACUCAAUCGGAAGAGGAAGAAGGGGGGUGAAAACAUGAGUGAAGAGACAAAGGCUGUUGUGCGAGAGAAGUGGAUUAAUAGUAGGGUUGAAGAAGAGCUGAAGGGGAUGAGAGCGUACUUGAAGGAAAAUCUUAGCUAA